AUGCAUCUCAACAGCCUCCUCCUCCCAUUAACCCUCACCAGCAUCACCACAGGACGCACACUCAAACAACGCGCAGUAUUCAUAGAAUGUGACAACUCCGAAAGCCAAAUGGCCCAAGCAGCAGUAACCAGUGCCGGUGAAAUGGCCGCCAAAGUCGCCGCCAGCAUCCGCGCCAACAACGUGACAUCGCUAUUCCAAACAUUCUUCAAAACCACCGACUCAAUAUCUACAAACCAUGUCGCCGAAAUACUUGAAGAAAUUGCCCAAGAGGCAUCCCAACAAGGAAGCGGUCUCGUUACCUACUCCUGUCAACCUGAUAGCAUCACUUGUCGAUCUGGUUCGUUUACGCAGACGGGAUAUGCCAGUACGGACAGGUAUCGGGGUCAAGUGAGUACUUGUCCUGCGUAUUUCCAGCUGCCGCAAGUGUCGGAUGAUUGCUCUGUUCUGGAUCAGCGGACGUCGAGUUUACAUGAGUUAUGUCAUACGAAGGGGGUGCUCGGAUAUGAGGUGUAUGGGUAUUCGAAUGUGCUUGGUUUGUAUUCGCAGACGGCGUUGAAGAAUGCGGAGAGUUAUGCGUUUUUCUCGAAGUCCCAGGUCAUCUGCGUCAAGCUGGGGAAACCUAGCUGGUACUGGUAG